AUCGGUGGGAGUUAUAGUCUGUGUAGAAGGUUAGUUUAGGGUAUUUAGUCUUCAGUUUUUUUACGUUCUUUCUAAACUUGUGUUAUGUGGAUUGUAAAGUGAUUAGUAUUUAUGUGUCUGUUGGGCAAAUUUUAAAUUACAGUUUGAUAUGAAAAGCGUCUCUACGCGGAAGGAGAAAAAUGAGAAUAUGCCAUCUAUGUGCAAAUCUUCAGAAGGGAGAAAAGUGAAGUCCGUUUUUGAGCAUCUGUCACAUCAUACGAAUCAGGGUCAAGUGGAAAGGCACUUGGACACGGGAGUACCAGAAGUGGUUUGUCAUAACAGCGAAUUGUCAAAUAGUUUUCAUAUACGAAGGACGAAAAGAAUUGGAAUGGGUCAUCCAGUACAUUAUUUACAGAAAGCUUUAAAUAGUUUCACCCAGAAAACAAGAAGUCAGAGCCUGCCCAGUUGCUUGGAAAGUAAAAAACUUCAUUGUUUACCUAAUGACGACAAUAAUAAGGAAGUUUUUGAUUCGAAACUACCAGAUGAGAGCAAAAGUGUAGAUGUAAUUACAUUAAAAGUGAACAAUAUAGUUUCCAAUGAGACUUGGUUUCGAACUUGGCCAGAAAGAGGCGUUGAUAAGCUUCCUUCACAUAAUAUUAAUUGUAUUCAUGAAUGUGCUGAUUUUAACACAGAGGGGAGCUCUUUAGGUUGUGAAUGUGAAAGUUCUGGAAAAGAUAAUUCAAGCUUCCAAGGUAAUACUCCAGCCGUUGUUAGUGACAGUGUCUGCAAAGGUGUGUCCAAUACUAACCAGCCGUUUCAUAGUUUUUCAUGUGAUAAAACUAUGGAACUUAACACAUGUGCUUUAAAAACAAAUCCAGUACAAUCUUCAUCAGUGUGGAAAAGUGAUUUAUUGUCAGACUGUGAUACUGGAGAUUAUAAUCUGAGUGUGCAACACAGUUCUUCAACAAAGCCAGUGCAUACCUUUGAAUCAAGUGGCAUCAGCCCUGGUAAAGCUCCAAUCCCUUUAAGAGAACUUCUGCAAAACAUUCCAAUAGCCUAUUGUCCAAUAACAAGACAGUUGCAUAUAAUUAGCCCAACUCAUUUAGACCUACAGCAACAGCAGCGGGAAUCAGAGAAAUAUGGGGACUUGAAGAAAGAGGCGCAUCAGAAUGGUUUGCAGCAACAACUUGAGUGCAUAGAAGAAGAGGGCACUGGUGAUGUGUGUAGGAGUGGAGUAAGGUGUGUUGAAGAUGAUUGUGUAAGCUUUGAAUCUCCUCGCAGUACAUUACAACGAUUUGGUACUAGUUCAUUUACGCGUACAGACGCCAGUUCCUUCUCAAGCACUGUGUCAAGUUUGAGUGAUGCAUCUCCUUCUACUAAUGAUGACCCAGAUGACCAUACUACAAAAAUGCAUGGUUGUCCUUCUGAACUUGGUGAUUGUUUUUGUGAUGAAGUGAGUGGUGGAAAGACAAGCAAAAAGGGAAUAUCAGGAUUUUUUAGUAGAAAUGUCUUUAUAUGGAAGUCGUCACGAGAUUCUCGGAACAACAACAGCAGCAGCAGUAAUAACCGAUGUGCGACGGCCCCUGGUUGGAAGUUGUUUGGGAGACUUGUGUCAAAACCAUCAGAACGAGAUGCUCCAGAUAUGGAGACCAGCCGAAUGCCAGAGUCACCACCGAGUAUCAUCUCAACAGGCAGUAACAGUAAGCAUUACGAGGACAUUGUGGCCAGCAGCUCAGCUCUCAUCCUUCACAGCCGCCCUUCUAACUUGCCAGCCAAACCGCCAGAUGAAGACCAGAAGCACCGCCAAGAGUACCAGCAGAUGGUAGAAGCUGCUCGCAAAAAAGAGGUCAAGGAAGCAAAACUGCGCAAGAAGCAACUGCAGAGACAAUUAAAGAUGGAGGGGCAACUAGCUAAUGCUGCCUAUGUCUGGAACAAUGAGAUUCUGCCUAAAUGGGAUACUAUGAGAUCAUCUCGCAAGGCAUGUGAUUUGUGGUGGCAAGGCAUCCCUCCGUCUGUACGAGGCAAGGUGUGGAAGUUGGCGAUAGGUAAUGACCUGAACGUGACGAACCAGCUGUAUAACAUCUGCCUCACUCGCGCUCAGGAAAGGUUGAGAGCAACUGAUUCUGUGGACGUUGUGGAGGUAGCAGCAGCAGCAGCAGCUCGAACUGGAGACGGCGCGGACAAGGAGGCGAGCAUGGAACUCAUUCAGCUUGACAUAGCUAGAACAUUUCCACAUCUCUGCAUAUUUCAGUGUGGUGGGCCCUACUAUGACAUGCUGCACUGCCUACUGGGUGCAUAUGUCUGUUAUCGUCCCGACGUGGGAUAUGUGCAAGGCAUGUCCUUCAUUGCUGCAGUUCUCAUCUUGAACCUGGAAGCUGCAGACGCGUUCAUUUGCUUCGCCAAUUUGCUCAAUAGGCCAUGCCACAUGGCAUUCUUCUGUCUCAACCAAACUCUCAUGAAUGCCUACUAUGCAGCGUACAACGAUUUCUUCCGCGAGAACCUUCCUCGACUGCAUACUCAUUUUGUAGAAUCAUCCCUUAGUGCCGAUCUCUACCUCCUGGACUGGCUGUAUACAGUUUUUGCCAAGGCGAUGCCACUUGAUGUGGCUUGCCGCGUCUGGGACGUGUUUCUUAGGGAUGGAGAGGAAUUUCUCUUCAGAGCUGCAUUGGGGGUUCUGCACCUUCAUCAAGAGACGCUUCUGAAGCUGGACUUCAUUCACGGUGCGCAAUUCCUUACCAAACUUCCGGAUGACCUUGCUGCCGACCUACUUUUUAGAUCAAUCGAAUCAAUCCACAUGACCGUGGGGAAACAGAGGUUUGGUGAAGUCUUGGCGCAUCACGUCGACAAAUGCUGGCACAAGCCCAGAUGAGACGUAUUACAAGAAUAUUGUGUAAAAUGUGGGCUCUUUUUUUGAAAUGCUUCGUUUUGUAAAUACUUGAGAUGUGCUGAAAUGGGAAAUGAAGUACAAAAAUUGGUGCCAGUUGAAUCUCUAUAUCUCAUUAUCAGUUAAGUGACUGUAUAGCCAACAUUUUGUCUGCCCAUACUCAAGAGUGGUGUAUAUAUAUAUAUACAUAUAAAUUUAUUUUGUUUCAUAUAAACAAUAAAGGGUUCUAUAAUCUGUUACUGCUCAAUAUUAAAACGUUCUACACAAAUGUAUAUCAAUCAAUUUGACUGUAUAUUAUUGCAAUUGUUACAUAUAGAAUUUCCGUCCGUUAUAUACUGUGUUUGGUUGAAAAUCAAUUAAAGCACUUUUUGUGCUAAUUAUUUUAUUUGGAUGGAAUGUACGGCCAUAAUUACAUCUUUGCUUUAUUAAAUCAGAGGAACCUUAAA